AUGUCCACAUCAAACCUCCUCGUCUUCGGGGCCACCGGCGCCAUCGGGUCGUACAUCAUCGCUGCAAUCGUCAACGCCCGCGACUCCUUCAACCGCAUCGCCGUCUUCACCAGCCCCAACACCCUGUCGACGAAGGAAACAGAGAUCAACAUCCUCCGCGACAAGGGAGUUGAAAUUCUCGUCGGCGAUGUCACAAACAAAGACGACGUUUUCAAGGCAUUUGACGGAAUCGACACGAUCGUCUCAGUUCUCGGCCGGGGCGUGAUCACCGCCCAAAUCCAACUAAUCCACUGGGCCGACGCUGCACCGCAAAUCCGCCGCUUCCUGCCCUCCGAGUACGGCACCGACAUCGAGUACAGCCCCGCGUCGGCGUCCGAGAAGCCGCACCAGGCGAAACUGCAGGUGCGCGCUGCCCUGCGCGCGACGAGGGACCUGGAGUAUGCGUUUGUGGUGACGGGGCCGUAUGCGGAUGUUCCGUUCUUUUUGGGUGCGAAUAAGGAUCCGGGGUAUGCGGGUGGGAGCUUUGAUGUUAAGCAGCGGAAGGCGGUGCUGCUGGGGGAUGGGAAAGGGGGGAUUAGUUUGGUUACUUGUGGAGAUGUUGGGAAAUUCGUCGUGCAUGCCCUGACGCACUGGGAGAAGGCGCGCGGUCGAGCACUCAAGCUGAACUCGUUCACGACGACGCCGGAUGAGAUCCUAGCCGAGUUCGAGAAGCAGACCGGGGAGAAAUGGGGUGUUGAGUAUACCCCGCUGGACAAGUUGAGGCAGCUCGAGAAGGAGGCGUGGGAGAAGGGGCAGCCGGAUGCGACGGGGCUGACGCUCAGGAGGAUCUGGACAGAGGGAGGGACGCUGUAUGAGCGUCGCGAUAAUGAGGAUAUUGGGGCUGAGGAUACAGUUACUCUGGCUGGGGCUGUGAAGGAUGCGAUUAGAGCGCAGCUGUCGUGA